AUGAGAGUUCACACUGGCGAGCGGCCCUAUGAAUGCCACUUGUGCCCCGAGAACUACUGCCGAAAGUCCGCGCUGGACUAUCACCUACGCACCCACACGGGCGAACGGCCGUACAAGUGCAAUGUCUGCCUCCAAAAGUUUUCAAGAAAGUCUACCUUGAAUGACCACGCGCGCCGCCACACGGAUGAGCGGCCUUAUAAGUGCCACUUCUGCGCCAAGGCCUUCAGGCAGAGGUACUCGCUGAAUGUGCACCUGCUCGCGCACACGGCUUCGGCGUCUCUCAUCCUUCAGGGAACCCUGAUCUCUGAGAGCACCUAUCAGGGAGACCAACACCAGUGUACCUUUUGCGACUAUAAGACUGAUCGGUCAUUUCUCCUGGAACGGCACAUCAGGAUUCACACGGGCGAGCAGCCGUAUCAUUGCCACUUGUGCCCCCAAAAAUUCUCAGUGAAGUCCACGUUGACUUAUCACCUGCGCUCCCACGCGGGUCAACAGCCGUACGAAUGCCACUUGUGCCCUCAGAGGUUCUCACAGAGGUCCACAUUGAUUGACCACCUGCGUGCCCACACAGGCGAGUGGCGAUAUUGA